AUGGAUACAAUCCUCCCGAAAAUUAAUUUCAACAACGACAAGCAAAAUAACGAAUAUGUAUUGGACAUCGACGAAAGCGUUAUCGAGACGUCAGACGUCAUCGACGAAAGCGUUAUCGAGACGUCAGACGUCAUCGACGAAAGCGUUAUCGAGACGUCAGACGUCAUCGACGAAAGCGUUAUCGAGACGUCAGACGUCAUCGACGAAAGCGUUAUCGAGACGUCAGACGUCAUCGACGAAAGCGAUAUGGAGACGUCGGACGUCAUAGGCGCAUACAUCAAGGAGAUGUUAGACGAAAUCAUCGACGACAUUGUGACCUCCGAUGAUAAGUAUCUACAGGAAUCCGAAAUUAACGACAUAAUCGAAGAAGUGGUUAGGUCAAUGUGUUUGGUUAUUUGCGGUGAUGCGUCUCAGCCGGAAGACGCACCAUCGACAGAGUUCAGUGCAAUAUCGACUGUCGAAUCCACUGCAACAUCUGAAGGCGGACCUCAGCAGGACGUUAAUGAAGAGCGAACUCCGGCUAAGGGAGCAACACCCGUGCAAAGCGCUCCACGACGGCUGAACCCGUUUUCGGUGACGUGGAAAUUCGUCAAACGGGUUGUACGUGGAAUCUGUUGCUGCCGAGGUUCAAGAAGUUGA